GCCUCCGCCGUGCGAUUCAUUCGGCUGUUGGUAUUCACAGAAAAAACAGAUCCUCCCUUAUUCUGAGGAUUUUGCCGAGCUGAAAACUUCCGUCUGUCGGUCGGAUGAAGAGGAUUCGGGUGUAGAGAGACUCUGAGAGCCGGAGACGGAGGAUUUAACUCGGGGAAGCUGUGCUUUAACUCUGCAGAAAUCGUCUGGGCUCCGAAUCCACUGUAAAGUUUGGGAGUGAAUGACGCUCCGCCCAUCCUCUCAUCAUCACGGCGACGAUGACAAUGGAAGAGAUUAAGAAUGAAGCGGAGACGGCCUCGAUGGUUUCCAUGACCCUCUAUGCAGUAAUGUACCCAGUCUUCAACGAGCUGGAGAGAGUGAACCUGUCUGCUGCACAGACCCUGCGAGCAGCUUUUAUUAAGGCGGAGAAGGAGAAUCCCGGUCUGACACAAGAAAUCAUCCUGAAGAUUUUAGAGAAGAAGAAUGUGGAGAUCAACUUCACCGAGUCGUUAUUACGCAUGGCUGCAGAUGAUGUUAAAGAGUACAUGAUCGAGAGGCCGGAGCGCGAGUUUCAGGACCUGAACGAGAGAGCUCGAGCACUGAAGCAGAUCCUCAGCAAAAUCCCGGACGAAAUCAACGACAGAGUGCGCUUUCUCCAGACCAUCAAAGACAUAGCGAGUGCCAUCAAAGAACUGCUGGAUACGGUCAACAAUGUCUUUAAGAAAUACCAGUAUCAGAACAGAAGAGCACUAGAGCAUCAGAAGAAAGAGUUUGUGAAAUACUCCAAAAGCUUCAGCGACACGCUGAAAACAUACUUCAAAGAUGGAAAGGCAAUAAAUGUGUUCAUCAGUGCCAACCGGCUGAUCCACCAAACCAACCUGAUUCUUCAGACUUUUAAAACAGUUGCAUAAAGAAUCUGCCUUUCCCCCCCUCCCUCUUUCAUUUUGUAACUUUAAUAUAACCUUUAUAUGAACAUGUACAAACUUUUGAACUGUGUAAUUUAUGAAUCCUGUCUCAUGGGGCGAACACUGCAGGCUUGACUUUUUGCUUUUCUGUUUUUUCUUCCUCUUCUAAUUUCUAAUGUUCUCCUGUAGCUGGGUUAGAGGCACACUGAUUUUCAUGCUAUUUUAUUUUCAGCUUUUCCUCCCCUUCCCCCCCCCCCCCCCCCUCCCUUUCUCUGUAAAUACUGGACUUUUCCUCUCCUGUCUGACCGCGCUCAGCUCCGCAGAACCAGAGUGGACGGAUGGGUGUUGUAUAUUUAAUAAUUAUUGGGUAGCAGGAAUAUUCAAAUAAAUAAAUAAAUACGCCACACAUGUUGGAAAGGUUU